AUGGCGACUACAGUGGACGGUACUUGCAAGCAGCAGCAGCAGCAACAACAACAGCAGCCGUAUCAGUACGAACAACAACGGGGCGCCUCAGGGGUGAAUACAACUGCGGAUGCUUUGACCUCCCCUGUGGGGUUUCAAAGGGCGUCAGCCAUGGCUUAUACCAAUGCUGCCGACUCUGCCUUGGCGUCUGGGCAGGACGCACCGAGUGCCGCGUUGAAUGCCACAGACGUAAACGGCCUGCGUUGGACGUGGAGCACCUACCCGAACACGUACCGCGACGCCAAGCAUGACCCAGUCUCUGUGGCCUCCAUCACGCUACCAGAGAUGAUCGUUCCGCUUGCUUGCAUGUACACACCACUGAAGCCGCUGGAAACCUGUCACUUUGUCAUUGGUGAUCCCGCUGCGCGUGGUCAGCAGUGUCCGAAUUGCGGCGCUUUUUGGAACAAGCACUGUUACCGUGAGGAGGGCAAGUUCUGGAUGUGUCCCUCGUGCCUGCGCCGCAGUCCAAUGCCGCCGAAUUACAGCCCUGAGCACCCAGCGCUGCAUCAUGACACCGUGGAGUACAUUAUCCCUUCGGCAGCACCCACGGCGGCGGAAGGAGAGGUUGUUGACGCUACAGCAAAGCACACAUACCCAACAUUUAUUUUUAUUAUUGACGUCUGCAUCCCGGUGGAGGAGCUCGAGUCACUGAAGCAAGGCAUUUUGCGCUGCCUGAACUGGAUCCCCCCACAGUCUCUUGUGGGUUUCAUCUCUUUUGGGGCUCGCACGUCGGUGUGGGAGCUUGGAACUACGACGAUGACACGCUGCUACAGUCUGCGCGGCGAAAAGCAAUACGACCCUGCCGAACUCUCGGCAAUGUUGCAGGUAACGGAUGCGAUGCCGGUGCGAGGCCGCUUCUUGGCGCUGCUUGAGGACUGUGAAUUUGUGCUGACCACCUUAAUUGAGGAGCUGCAGUGUGACGAUAGUGUGACGCCCGGAAACAAGCGACCGUUGCGCACCACCGGAACUGCCGUUAGCGUCGCAGUGAGAUUGCUAGAGUUGUUGUAUGAAAAACCCAUUGUGAAGGAGGCAAAAGCUGCAGCUGCAGCGUCGGUACCUUCUGUAAAGGCAGGGCGACUAAUGCUUUUUACAGGUGGGCCUUGCACCCGCGGCCCAGGAACGGUUGUGGGUAUUGAGAAGGAAAAGAUGAUGCGCUUCCAUCGUGACAUUAUUGACGGCGACACACCGUAUUACGCGGACGCAUUCAACAUGUACAACAAUCUACAGCAGCGGUUGUCCAAUGUGCAGGCUAGCCUUGACGUGUUUGCUGAGAGCUUUGAUCAGACGGGCAUCCUAGAAAUGCGGGAGGCGGUUAAUCAAACUGGGGGUACGUUUAUAUGCGGUGAUGCGUUUAGCCACAAGAUGUUUGCCACGUCGUUUCAGCGUUACUUUGACCGCUUUGACUCACGUGUGCAAGCGCUAGAGGAGCAUGGCGCGGCGUUCUCCGUGCGCAGCGCCUUCUGUGUAAAGUUUGGGCUGCAUACUUCCGUGGACACGUUAGUGAGCGGCGUGCUGGGGCCCUGUCUCGUGGAUGAACAGGCGAACAAGACGAGUCUGCACCGUGCGGCCUCCCCCAUUCAAAUUGGGGUGGGGGGCACAACGAACUGGUGCGUCAGCACCCUGGACGAGGCGGUCACGUACACCUUCCUUUUUGAUACAGCCACGAUGAGCAAGAAGGAUGGCGGGGACGCCGUCGGGACAAAAGAUCCGCGCGGCAAUGAGACCAGGCGCCGCUUCUUUCAGUUUGUGGUGCGUUUCACCACUCCGCACGGGGAGUCGCGGGUGCGGGUGACGAGUGUCGUGCUGCCUGUUGCGCCAUCGCUGCCGUCCAUUGACCCACAGUACUUUGUGCAACACCAGGCCUUUGACCAGACGUGUGCCGCUACCGUGCUGGCUCGCAUGGUGGUGAGCAUCCUUGAGAAGCACCCGAGUAAGUGGGAUGACACCAAGCGAUGGCUGGACACCUUGCUGGUGCGUUUUGUGCGCCGCUAUGGCACCUUCCGCCCUGGCAUGCCGGAGUCACUGCGGCUUCACCCCUGCCUCUCGCUCUUCCCCUCCUUCUUGUUCAACUUGCGCCGCUCGGAGUACUUUAUGGUGCUCAACAUCUCCCCUGACGAGACUACGUUCAAGCGGCACUGGCUGAUGCGGGACCCCGUCGACAACUGCGUCCUCAUGAUUCAACCGGCACUGUACUCGUACGACAUUGAGACGCCACAGGCAUCGCCGGUGCCACUGGACAGCUGCAGCCUGUGCCCGGAUAAUAUUCUCCUCAUGGACGCGUACUUUAACAUUCACAUCAUGUGGGGUACAACCAUCUUCGCCUGGAUACAAGCCAAGUACCAGGACAACCCCGAGUAUACCUACUUUGCACAGCUGCUGGAGACUGUAGAAAACGAUGCGAUUGGACUGCUGAGCACGAGAUACCCGUACCCGCGCUUUUCUCGCACAGACGCUAAUGGCUCGGAAGCGCGGCACAUCAAAACCCGAAUGAACCCAACAACAACACAUCAUAGCGGUCCUAUUGGCACUGCUGCCGCCGGUGUCGGUGCCACCGCAGCGAGCGAUCAGUCCGACGUCAUCUACACCGAUGAGGCUUCCAUUAUGAAGUUCAUGGAGUCACUGAAACAGGCUGUGGUCUCCCUCGGCAAUGAUGGAAACGGUACGGUUAGCAGAAGCCUUGGAGGCUCUUGA